GCCUGAGGCAACAAAUCAUAUAGAAGGGAUUUUUGGCGCCAUGCAGGUCCGGAGCCCUGUGGUAAUGACUACCUUGGUCACACUGUUGGUUGCCACUGUGGAUGCCAAGAUAUAUGGACGCUGUGAGCUGGCAAAGAAGCUGGAGAAGGCUGGCCUCGAUGGCUUCAAAGGCUAUACUAUUGGAGACUGGCUGUGUGUGGCACACUAUGAGAGUGGCUUUGACACCUCUUUUAUGGACCACAAUCCAGAUGGCAGCAGUGAAUAUGGCAUUUUCCAGCUGAACUCUGCUUGGUGGUGUGACAAUGGCAUCACACCCACCCAGAACCUCUGCCACAUGAGUUGUAGUGACCUGCUCAACCGCCAUAUUCUGGAUGACAUCAUGUGUGCCAAGCGGGUUGUAGCCUUACGUAACAAUAUGGAUGCCUGGGAUUCUUGGAAACAGCACUGUCUUGGUCAUGAUUUAUCUCAAUGGCUCAAGGGGUGUGAUAUGCACCUGAAAACUGACUCAAGAAAUCAUGGGUGAUGACUCAGAUUUCAUAAGGAUAGAGAUUCCUUUUUUUUCUUUCUUUUGUGGCUUUAAUAAAAGAUGGCACCUAUAAAUAAUGCAAGAACUAUAACCUGUCAGAUGCUUUGAAUUUCUUCAUGUUUUCUAGUGCCUAAGAGUACUCCAUUUAAUUCUUUCCUCCACAGCUUCAUAGAUCUAAUCUAGAGAUAG